AUGGACGAGGUUGUCGCCGAUGGAGUUCACGUGAUUUUGCUCUCUGUCGGCGAGUCAGGGUACUCACCGCAGUAUUUCCGUGAUUCGAUCGCUUUGGGAGCUUUCGGCAUUGCUCGUCACAAUGGGAAGAUUGUUGUUUGCGACAGGGGUGGGAAUGCUAGGGUUGAGAAGGGGAGUGCAGUGAAGCUUGCCGGUGGGUUGGGAAUGAUUUUCACUAACCCUGCCGAGAAUGGUGAAGAGCUUCUUGCCAAUGUGCAUCUUUUGCCAGCUACCAUGGUGGGUCAAAUUGUAGGGGAUGAGAUCAAGGAGUGUAUAAGGUUGAGUCAGUACCCAACUACGACUACUGAGUUUAAAGGAACUAUGAUUGGGGGUUCUCCUUCUGCUACUCAAGUUGCUUCAUUUUCUUCUACUAAAACUCUAUGUUCCCUAAUUUCGAACAAGAACAACAAACUCACUAACCCUAUUUUCUCCAAUUUUCCCUAA